UUUAUUUAAUUUUUUAGGAGUUGACGUACAUGAAAGGCAUUCGCGACCACCAGGUGUCGCCAUAAUCCAUAUAUUCUCAAAGCCGUCAGCUGCCUGCUGACAGUAGCUACUGAGGUAAUCAAAAGGACGUCUGCUCCUGUCAGGUAGGCAUCACGAAGACAGACAGCGUACGUUGAUACCUUUUAUUUUGUUUGUUUCUUUUUAUAUAUUUUGUGCUUUUUGCGAUUGGGGUUUAUAUUAUUAAUAUCAAACAAACUAAAGCAAAAAAAAAAAAUAAAAAUAACCCGAAUUCAAGUUCUGUGAUAUGUCUCCAAACGGAGCAUGAGGACCGAGGAUCAUUUAUUUGCUAAAGCUGAGUUGGAUUGUCUUCGUUAGCAGGUGAACCUCUCGGGCUUGUUGGGGAGGUGCGACACCCCACUUACCAGUCGGCGCGAGGGAGUGAGGAGCUGUGGACCUGCCUUCAUGCCUAUGGUGGUCUCUCCCUCUCUCUUUAUCAAUCUGUCUUCGGUGGCGCGAGCGCGCGCCGCAAUUCUGAUGUGCGCGCGCAUGGUGAUGAUGAGAGCGUGACCUCACCGCUUUCUGCACAGCUGCUCGGGAGAGGGGGAGACACGCAGGGAGAGCCAGCGAGGAACACAAACACGUUGGGGGGAGACAUAGAGGGGCAGAGAAAGCUGCGGAGCUGCGGAGAAACACUCACAGCACGGAGGGGGGGGUAACCGCUCGCCGCACACACGAGGGGACUCCGUCGCGGGGCGUCCGUGGGCUGCUUCCCGCCGGCUCGCCUCCCAGAAUGUUCUUUGCCCCCGGUUCAUCUCCACGGUCCUCGAAACAGUCGCCGCGGCGUCCCCACGGACACUGAAGCCCAGAUGCUCGCCCUCUCCGCCGACAUGGACGACUCCUCGUCGCUGCUGGAUCUGCUGGAGUGCUCGGUGUGCCUGGAGCGCCUGGACACCACGGCCAAGGUGCUGCCGUGUCAGCACACCUUCUGCCGCCGCUGCCUGGAGAACAUCGUCAGCUCCAGGAACGAGCUCCGCUGCCCGGAGUGCCGCAUCCUGGUGGACUGCGGGGUGGACGACCUGCCGGCAAACAUCCUCCUGGUCCGCCUUCUGGAUGGUAUCAAGCAGCGGCCCCAGCGAGGGAGCGGAGGAGGAGGAGGAGGAGCAGGCGGCAGGCAGUCCCUGGCCGGGGGAUCGCUGCAGGGCUACGCGGCCGGGAUAUCCGCCUCUCCUCCGGGCACUGCAAUCAGAGAGCUGCCCGUGGCCACCAGGAGCUCCCCUGUUAAGAAUAUCCCAGCGCUGCCUUGCGGGAAGGCCCUCUACUCCUACGAGGGCAAGGAACCGGGCGACCUCCAGUUUUCCAAGGGUGACAUCAUCAUCCUGCGCCGCAAGGUGGAUGACAACUGGUACCACGGCGAGCUCAAUGGUUGCCAUGGCUUCUUGCCCGCCAGUUACAUCCAGCUGCUGCGUCCCCUGAGCCAGACUCCACCCCAGGGAAAAGCAUUGUACGACUUUGAGGUCAAAGACAAAGACCAGGAUAAAGACUGUCUGGCCUUCAGCAAGGAUGAGGUGCUGACAGUAAUCAGGCGAGUAGAUGAGAACUGGGCUGAAGGGAUGCUGGGAGACAAGAUUGGCAUCUUCCCCAUUCUCUAUGUGGAGUUGAAUGAAACGGCGAAGCAGCUGAUGGAGAUCGACAAGCCCAUGCCAGCCAGCGCGCCGGGUCCGAGCUCUGAGCCGGCCCCUCUGGGCCCCUGCUCCCCGGGUCCCUCCCCCAGCGCCUCCCCGUCCAAUGGGAACGGCUCCGGCCAUCGGCGAGGCGAAGGGAAGAAAAACGCCAAGAAGCGGCACUCGUUCACCGCGCUGUCGGUCAGCCAGAGGGCCGCCCAGCUCAACAACAGACACAGCAUGGAGAUCUCCCACCCGGUCCUCAUCAGCUCCUCUGACCCCAGAGCGGCCGCACGCAUCCAGGAUGCAUCUCCCCCGGGUCCCUCUCCGUCCUCAGCGGGGGUCCUGGUGCCCCCCAAAGUGGCAUCUAUAACGUCCGAGCUGCUCGCCCAUGCCAAGGUGCAGCUGCCACUCAACAUAUACCUGGCUCUGUACGCCUACAAGCCCCAGAAGGCUGACGAGCUGGAGCUUAGGAAAGGGGAGAUGUAUCGAGUGACCGAGAAGUGUCAAGACGGAUGGUUCAAAGGCACCUCGCUGAGAACUGCCGCCUCUGGGGUCUUCCCGGGAAACUAUGUCACCCCUGUGUCCAGGGCUCCGUUUGGAGUUGGUGCUACCCGGGCCUCGUGUUUGUCCAGUCCCGUAGGCGGAAGCGGGAGCAGUCCGGUGGCGGGGAAAGUCUCCGACCCUUCGUCCCCGGGGUCCCCGGGGCCCUCCUCGUCCCGUCCCUCCACCCCUCUGGUGAACUCCGCCAACUCCGCUAACAGCAUCAGUCCGGCGUCCUCGCCGCAAACUGCCGCCGCCCAGCUGAAGAACUGCCUGCGCUCCAGCCAGCACACGGUUAACCAGGCGCGCACCUCCAUGCAGCUGGUCCACAGUCCCCCUGCUGGAAGCCCAGAGCGCCCCACGGUGGCCAUCUCCCCCCUGCGCCCUCAGAGCUCCUCCCCCUCGCGCUGCUCCGGCCAGUCGGGGCGUCCUCUCUCCAUGGUGUCUCCGGGGCCCAGCUUAGGGCCCUCGCCCCUCUCCUCCCCGGCUUCGCGUCCCAUCCUCCCCCUCUCCUCCCCCCUCUCCUGCCUCACACCUCCCAAUGUGUCGGCGGUGCUCCUCAACGGCGAGCCGGCCAGUCCACUGCAGCCGCCAUCGCCGGGCCCCUCCCACGGCCCCUCCCCGGGCGCCCUCGCACCCAAAGCGGAGAAGAAGGAGAGGAAAGCGGGCGGUUUGUUGAAACUCCUGUCCGGGGCCGCGGCCAAGAAGAAGCCCCGCUCGCCCCCGUCCUCCCCGCCCACCCACGACCCGUCGCUCUCAGGCCACGGCGCCGUGGCCACCGACCCCGCGCACCACCCGCACCACCACCACCACCACGGACGCUCAGGUUCCUGUCCGAUGGCGGCGUACGGGCGAGCCGGCUCCUGUCCCAUCGAGAGCGAGAUGGGGGGCGCGAUAGGGCUGGAGCCGCUGCACAGGAAGUCCGGUUCCCUGGAUACCAACUUCCCCAUGUCGCCCCCGGCAACGCGCUCCGGCAACGCUCUGAUGGUCCUCCGGCCUGAGCCCAAGCCCCUGUCCAGAGAGAGGUAUCGUGUGGUGGUGCCCUACCCUCCCCAGAGCGAAGCAGAGAUCGAGCUGCGGGAAGGAGACGUGGUGUUUGUUCACAAGAAGAGGGAGGACGGCUGGUACAAAGGCACCCUGCAGAGGACGGGGCAGACGGGCCUGUUUCCCGGCAGCUUCGUCGAGAGCUUCUGAACUACAAAAAAGAGUCACAAAAGACGCGCCGACACACACGUGCACAAAUGUUGGGCUGAUACCGGUUUCUCUGAAUACUUCUAUUGGCUUUAACAUGCCUCAAGAAGCUGCUGGUACUUAAAAAAAGGUAUAUUAGUUGGGGGGAUUUUAUAUUGAAAUGUAUCUAUUAGUUUUCCCAGAACAACCUUUGCUCUUAAAUAUAUUUAAAGCUUCAGUGCAGAACGUUUGUCUCCCCCUACUGGCAAUGAAAGUAGUUACAGAAACACUGUUGAUGCGUGUAUUUCACACAAACCCACCUGUCCAUGAGGCAGAUGUGGCUGCUAUAGAGUAAGGAAAAGCUACGCAGUCCGCAGAUAUAUCAGGCUAGGUCAUAAAAGUUGGGGUGAAGAAAAUGAAUUAGGCCAAAAAUUCUCCAAAAAAUUAACAUAUUCCAGCCUCAUUUCUCAUCGAGUACAUUAAUAUCAAUUUAGUACUUUAGUCUGAAAGGCUUAAAGCAGUGGUUCUCAGUGGGUCUGGCUUCAGGACACACAACCACCUCUUAAUGACAAGCCAAGACCCAAAUCAAAGCAAAUGUUCAAAUUUAUUAAAUGAAAAGAUUGUGUUGUUUGAACCUGAGAUAGUACAAUACAAUAUCACAAUAUGAAAACACAUUAACAAUGAAUGUAACCAAAACAUCCAGCAAGUGACGAUGCUAGAGAGGGAACUAUUCCCUUUUACGCUCAAUUAGCUGCAUUUACUACUGAGAAGUAGUUUUAAAAAAAAAUCCAAAUUUGUAGCUGAUGACCCACUCAUUAAAUAUAUAACAAAUAUUCAGUCACCUAUUCAAGCAUUAAUCAUGAGGCUGACAGAACUUUUCACUAGCAGACAUUUUUGACAGUCUCGGUUGGUGAUUUCAUGCAAAAUACACGAGGUAAAAAAGUGCAACUACUGAGAAAUGAAAAAAAAAAAAUUAAAAAAUCAAAAAUUGUAGCUCACUUACUCAAUUUAUGUCAACCACCUGCACUAUGAAGAGAAAAAAAAAAACAGUUUCUUCAGUAACAGUUUUUAUUCACAAAAUAAAUUGCAAUUCAAAACGAUUCAACAGCACAAAAUUUACUUUUCCCUGAUUAAACACAAAACUCAAACUCAAGGCCUGCGGGACAAUUGUGUGCGGCCCACAAGAUAAUAUUUUAUAUCUAUGAGCCACCCGCCACCUACUGCCCCCUACUGUUAAGGAGUGUGAAUCAAUGACACUUGUUUUUUUUUUUGCUGUGGCAUGGGCCUGGGACCCUCUGAAAACAUGUCUGACAAGGACUUGAAUAGAGCAGAUAUUAGUUUCUAUUUAAAAGUCCUGCACUAGAGCUUUAAUAAAGUCAUUAAAUAUAUUUAUUGGUACCAGUCUUCAGAAAUCGAUGUCAGCCCAACUAAUUCACACACUGUUCAGGAAAGCCGGCCCCGGCUUCGACCAGCCCAGUCCCACAGGAAGCGGGGCAGCUUUUCGAAAUGACUGACCCAGCGGCGGGUUUCCAGAAUCGUCUGUACUACUGAAGGCACACAGACUCAAAGAGCACAGAAAGGCGAACCUCCCAGUCCUCCUCCUCCUCCUCCUCCUCCUCCCCGGCAUCAUCCACCAGCAAACACGAGCACAAAAAGCAUCAGCUCUGCUUUUCCACUGAGACCUCAGAACUGCUUCGGGUGCUUUCCGUGAUUGAAACGUGACAAACGUACGGCCAGCUGAUGAGCCCGCACUCUCAGAUCAUCGUAAGCACAUCUCUCCACGUCCGACCCGACGACAAGCACAUGUUUCCUUUCAGCCCCGUACAUGUUAACGAUGCACGUAGCGUCAUCAUGUUUUCCAAUGCGUUGAAAUAGAUGUCUGUGUUGUCACGCUGUCACAUGAGUUUUAAUUUAAGCAAAACAAAAAAUGAAUUAGGUCAUUGAUUUGUCUAUUUAUACAGACUAUCUCAGAUAUAUAUUACCUUUAUUAAAUUAAAUUUCCAUGCCCCGCCCCGCCUUCCCCCUCCUCACAGCUGGAUUCUACUAUACCUGGCUUGCUGAAUGUAAAAAAGGAGCAGAAAGUAACACCAAAACUCUUUUAACAAAUUCACGUCUAUUUAUAAAAGUUGUUUUUCAGCUUCUGUACAAGGUUAGAAAUGCACUUGGUAACAUUUGAUACGACCUGCCAGUAUAUAUCUGCAUAUACAGUAUUUUACACCUGUACUUACUUGACAAAAGGGAUUUCCACUGCUGCUCGUCUCGUCCGUCUCUUUUUAGCACAAACCUUUUCUUUCUUAAUUUUUGCUUGAGCAAAUGACUAAAUCUCAAUCCAGUCUUUUUAAAGUGUGAAAAAUUGAGAAGAAAUUCCCUACAAAAAAAAAAAAUCCAGUGAAUUCUGCCACACAGAUAAAUAAGAGUUGUUCCUCUUCCUUUUGUUUUUUUAUUUUAUUUUUUAUCUAAAUGCAGCAAUAUUGUGAGUAAGUGUGCAGAGGUGACGCUCGUGGAGGGACACGCACCAGUUUCUCAUCAGACAACUGCCAGCCUUUGACCUUCCCUCAGCCUCAAACAGGUAUUUUUGUACCUGUGUAGUGAGUGUGUGGCCGGCCUCCUUCUGUGAACCUUAGCAGCCUGAGCGCGGCUCGUCUAGUUUACAUCCAACCGUCUGCCUGGGUCCCCUGUUCGUGGAGAUGGAAGCACGGCGAGUGGGAGGUCAGCAGUGAAAGGACUCAGUCACAGGGUUUGAGGGACUUUCUUUAUCUGCUUUUGUUUUUUAGCUGGGCCACAGUGACCAUGUGCACACGGCCGAGGCAGUUAUUGAGGCUGGACCAGUCUCCCUCAUUUCUACAUUAUGUCACGCACAAUACAUGAUCAACACAAACUAAAGAUGGCACAAAAUUACUUUUAGUUUCGUUUUUUAGGUCUUCCCAGAUUCACCCAA